AUGAUCUUAGUGGACGGGGAAAAGUAUGCGUGUCAGCAAUGUAUCAGGGGGCAUCGCUCUUCAACAUGCAAGCAUAUCCAGCGACCUUUGGUAUUGGUUCGGUCAAGGGGGAGACCUUUAACUGAUUCCUCUCAAAGAAUCGCCAUCUUUGCUGAAGAAAUAACAAACGAAAAUGAAAAAAAGGAAGCAUUAAAGAAUGAAAAUAACAUUAAGAAUAACUUCCUUGCUGCCAAAAAGAUCAUCACUGAGCAUGCCACUGUUUAUUCAUCUUCAAAGAAUGAAAUAAAGCAGGAACCUCCGGUAAAAUCCGAGAGGUCCUAUUGCUGUUCUAAAAUCAAGCCGAAACAGGAGUUAAAACAAACAUGUUCAGAUUCUGUUGGUAUAAACCAAGGGGAAUCAAAAUGCUCCUGCUGCAGCGAUGUGAAUGGUGAAGGUUCCAAGAAACAAAACGAUACUGUGUUUGUGUUGAAAGCUGCUAAACGUCAAGUUUUCAAUGUGGAGAAAGAAUCCCUGCGGCUUUUGGAUCCCGUAAUGGAUAUACCUAACAGCAAAGUAGGAUUGGAUGUGAUCUACAAAGUGUCUAAAAGCAAGAAAAUGCAAUCAUGCAAAAAUAAAAGGAUAAAAGAUGAUAUUUUACGAACAAUUAAUAAACCUACGGGGAAAACGUCGUGCUGUGGUUCAAAAGCACAAGCCAAUCAUGUUCAUGCUAACCCUAUAGAAUCUCAGGUUUAUCAAUUCAAGGUAAAUUUAGGCAAGCCUGUUGAACCAUCCAAUAAUUGUUCUCAAAAUAUGCAGCGAAAAAUCAUUGAAAGACAUGACCAAACCUUAAAUAGCCCAUAUGUUAGGCCUUCUUACAUAAAUGAAUAUGAUCCUUCAAUUUAUUCAAGUUCAACCCAGCAAAGUGAACUUAUCAAUCAUAACACGGCCAACUCUAACACAAUAUACCCUUUAUCUGCGCCUGUUGAUCAACUCCAGUAUAAUCUCUACGUUGCAGAUUCUUGCACUGUUCCUGGAUCUUGUGCUUGCGAUCCAGAUAAAUGUGACUGUCCAGAUUGUACUGAGCAUCAACAAUUUAGAGACUCCACGCUUACUAUUAGACAACAGUUUGAGGAAUUCCAAUUUCCUAAUAAGGAGAACAACCAUAUCCGGCCAUUUGGGAAAGUCGAACUUAAACCGACUAUUCCACAGUUUGAACAAUCUUUUAUCGACAUGCUGAAUUCGUAUGAUGACCCAAAAUCACAUGGCGAUACCCCUAGUUCGGUUGAGCUAGAUGAUUGCUAUUGUGAAGCUGAUAAGUGUUGUUGUUUUAAUUGUGUCCAACAUGGGAUCCUAAAUGGUAUAAGACUUCGUGAUGGAAAAUCUAUCAUUGAAAUACAAACUACAGAUGUUAACCAACCAAACACUCAUUUCCUGCGACAUCAAAGCCCAUCUACUCCUUCUUCCUUCUCUACUUCAAGUGAGAAUUCUAAUCAGGCUCUCACGGAUCGAGACCGCUGGUUUCAACAGCACCAAUCGUAUAUUAAUAAUCAGUUUCAAGAAGCUGUGCAGAAAAGCUCAGUUGAACGUCUAGGGUCCACGCACGAAAUCCCAAAUAAUACAUCUAGAGAAUAUAACAACAUCACAGUAGCAAUGGGUAAUCAACAUAUUAGUUCACCUAUCGAAAUACUGAAUCAACAACCUAUAAAUCAAAAUAUCAGCGGGCAACAAAAUUCAAAUUUGCCAUAUCCAGAUGAACAGGUCUUCACUCCCAUAAACCAAAUCAAUUUUGGGGCUAUAUAA